GAAUCACCUUAUCCAUUAUAGCAGAUGAGGCUGCUGAUUGCUCUCACUCUACCUCCAUUACUAUUUCUACAAAUUGCCCAAUUUGUCCACACAAUACCAUGCUUUGGUAAGAAUUCUAGCUAAAUUUUGAUAGUUUUGCUACAUAAUUUUAGCUACAUUCUUGUUAAAUUUAAUGCCACCAUGUUUUUGCUUUUGCAAUCCACCAUCAACCUCUAUUACAAAGUUUAUCUCAGACCAGCCAAUACUCUCAAUGCUAGAAACCAAAUGCAAAACAAUGAAAGACCUCAAAACAAUUCAUGCCCAUCUCAUCAAAACCGGCCUAGCCAAAGACAUAAUAGUAGCUAGCCGUGUAUUGGCCUUUUGCGCCACCAGCCGGGGCGGUGGUGGUGACAUCAACUAUGCAUACUUAGUGUUUGCUAAUAUUGAGAAACCAAAUCUUUUCACUUGGAACACUAUAAUAAGAGGUUUCUCUCAAAGCUCAGCCCCGGAAAAGGCAAUUUCUUUGUUUAUUGACAUGUUGGUGAAUUCGAGUAUUAGCCCCAAGAGGCUUACUUAUCCUUCGGUUUUUAAGGCUUAUACUCAACUGGGACUGGCAAGAGAUGGAGCUCAGCUUCAUGGAAGAAUCGUUAAACUAGACCUGGAAUUUGAUCCAUUCAUACGAAACUCUGUUAUACAUAUGUAUGCAAAUUGUGGGCUUUUGGGGGAUGCGAGGAAAUUGUUUGAUGAAGAUAAGGAUUUAGAUGUUGUUGCAUGGAAUUCUAUUAUUAUGGGACUUGCUAGAUGUGGAGAAGUCGAUGAAUCUAGUAGGUUAUUUGGUAAAAUGCCAAUGAGAAACGAGGUUUCUUGGAAUAGUAUGAUGAGUGGUUAUGUUAGAAAUGGGAAAUGGAUGGAGGCAUUGGAUCUUUUUGGUAAAAUGCAAGAGGAGAAAAUUAUGCCAAGUGAGUUUACACUGGUGAGUUUGUUGAAUGCUUGUGCGAAAUUAGGAGCUCUUGAACAAGGGGAAUGGAUUCAUGAUUAUAUAACGAAGCAUAAAGUUGACUUGAAUGUGAUUAUAAUCGCAGCACUCGUAGACAUGUAUUGCAAGUGCGGAGACAUUCAAUUGGCGCGCCAAGUUUUUGAGGCUGUCCCAAGGAAAGGAAUAUCGUGUUGGAAUUCAAUGAUGUUGGGAUUAGCACUAAAUGGCUUUGAAGAUGAAGCGAUUGAACUUUUCUCCAGGCUCGAAUCUUCUCACCUUAAACCAGAUUCCGUGAGUUUUAUCGGCGUUCUAACAGCCUGCAAUCACUCAGGACAGGUUGAUAAAGCAAGAAAGUACUUCUCAUCGAUGAAAGAAACGUAUAAAAUUCAGCCAUCAGUUGAACAAUAUGGUUGUAUGGUUGAUGUAUUAGGCCGAGCAGGACGCAUGGAAGAAGCAGCCGAGCUUAUAAGAAGUAUGCCAAUGAGCCCUGAUGCUAUAAUAUGGGGUUCACUAUUGGCAGCUUGUAGGAAUCACCGAAACAUUGGUAUAGCCAAAUGGGCAGCAGAAAACUUGAUCGAGUUAGAUGAAAAUGAGACAAGCGGCCAUGUCUUGAUGUCUAAUGUUUAUGCAGCCUCGGGAGUUUUUGAAAAAGCAAUGCAGCCAAGAAUUGAAAUGAAGAAUAAGCAGAUAGAGAAACAACCAGGAUGUAGUUUGAUUGAAGUGAAUGGUGAAGUUCAUGAGUUUUCAGCUGGUGGGAUGCUACAUUCUCAAUUCCAAGAAUGUACUUCUCAUUAAACGAGCCCAUUAUGGUUAAGAUUUAAAUAAGAGUUUGAAAAUAAAUUGUACGAGUUAUUUAACAUUAGGUAAAAUUAUUUAUAUAAAUUUAGUCUUCAAUAUC